AUGGCGGCUGUCACCAUGUCUACUCCUGCACGCCAACCGUUUGCCAGCUUGGACGCGCCUCGUCUGCGCGCCCUGGCCAAAUCUCGCAUGAACAUCCGCAAUCAACAAAACGGUGCCAUCAUCAUCACCGGCAAAAGAAAGCCCCUGGGCGACAUUGACACUGAAAACAUCGACCCGACUCUCAACCUCUCCUCCAAACGCAAGCGCGGAUCCGACGAAGACGAUGACCUGUCCAGCAAGAAGACCUCCAUCUCCACCGCUCCCUCCAAGCCUCUCAAGACCUCUCGAUUCGCAUUGAAGACUAUCGAAACUAGUCCUGCCCCUCGCAUCUCGUCCACUCCCCAGCCGUCUACUCCGAAGUCCGCUCCCAGCCUCAAACCUGCCGGUCGCUCGCCCCAAUCCCUCAAGUCCAUCUGCAAACCGUUUGCUCGGAGGUCGAAUAUCACCAAGGGGACUCGUCCUGAGCCUACAAGUCGGAAGAGUGUUAGCCGGCCAUUCUCGAUUGCGACGGCCCUGUCGAAUGGAAAGUCCCAGAAGACCAUUGCUCCCUCCACUCCCUUUACCAAGACACCUGUCCCGGCCUCCUGGUCCUUUGAUAUCUACGUCGACUCUGAAGAAGAGGAAAUGACCAACCUCAUGCAACACUCUACCGGUGUCCUUGAUAUCAGCGACAGCGAAGCCAAGCAAGAGACAUCAUCCGGUCGCGGGAAGGAGAACGUUCCGCCCGCUGAGCUGGGCAUUGAAUUGGCUCCUGCUGCACCUCAACAGGAGUCGCCUGCCGCGGCUACUCGCAAGUCUGUCAUGAUGGAGGAAUCGCGUGCUCCGCUUGGUGAGCUCAAUGCUGCUGAUUACUAUGGUGCUGACUGCCAUGCGUUUUCCUACGCCGUGGUUUGGGAUGAGGAAGAAGAGACUGAUGUUGAGAACGUUCCCGUUCCCGUGCAGAUGCGCAAGUUGUCUGCAUCUCGUGGGAGCACCAAGCCUGCUCGCAGCACCAAGCUGUCUUCCGUCUCGUCUAUCUCUUCUAUUGAGCCUACUGCUUCGAAAGACGAGUCUGCCAAGAGUGAGCCGUCAGAGGCUGGGAUUGAGAUCUAUGAGAGCGAGAGUGCUGCUGAGGAGGAAUCCGCAUAA